ACCCGGGGCACCGGCGAGAGCUCGCCAGCUCCGCCGCGAUGCCCCCGCGCCCAGGUCGCCUCCUCCCGCCGCUGGCCGGGCUGCCGGCCCUGGCCACGCUCCUGCUGCUGCUCGGCGCGCGCCGGUGUGCCCGGGCCCAGGAGGCGGAGGCAAACAGCGGGGCCGAGCAAGACCCGCACGCCAAGCACCUGUAUACGGCCGACAUGUUCACGCACGGGAUCCAGAGCGCAGCGCACUUCGUCAUGUUCUUCGCGCCCUGGUGUGGACACUGUCAGCGGCUGCAGCCAACUUGGAACGACCUGGGAGACAAGUACAACAGUAUGGAGGAUGCCAAGGUCUAUGUGGCUAAAGUGGACUGCACGGCUGACUCCGAUGUGUGCUCUGCCCAGGGCGUGCGAGGAUACCCCACCCUGAAGUUUUUUAAGCCUGGCCAAGAAGCAGUGAAGUACCAGGGUCCCAGAGACUUCGAAACCCUGGAGAACUGGAUGCUGCAGACACUGAACGAGGAGCCAGCUACACCAGAGCCGGAAGCAGAACCACCCAGAGCCCCUGAACUCAAGCAGGGGCUGUAUGAGCUCUCAGCCAACAACUUUGAGCCGCAUGUUUCUCAAGGUGAGCACUUUAUCAAGUUCUUCGCUCCAUGGUGUGGUCACUGCAAAGCUCUGGCUCCAACCUGGGAGCAGCUGGCUCUGGGCCUCGAACAUUCUGAAACUGUCAAGAUUGGCAAGGUUGACUGCACGCAGCACUAUGGACUCUGCUCAGAGAACCAGGUCCGAGGCUAUCCAACUCUGCUCUGGUUUCGAGAUGGCAAGAAGGUGGAUCAGUACAAGGGAAAGCGGGACUUGGAGUCACUGAGAGACUAUGUGGAGUCACAGCUGCAGGGUCCAGCGGCGGCUCCAGAGACGGUCAAGCCUUCAGAGGCCCCGGUGCUGGCUGCGGAGCCCACAGGUGACAAGGGCACCGUGCUGGCACUCACCGAGAAGAACUUUGACGACACCAUUGCACAAGGGACAACUUUCAUCAAGUUCUAUGCACCAUGGUGUGGCCACUGCAAGAAUCUGGCUCCUACAUGGGAGGAGCUCUCUAAAAAGAACUUCCCUGGCUUGGCAGACGUCACCAUCGCAGAAGUAGACUGCACCACUGAGCGGAACAUUUGCAGCAAGUACUCGGUACGAGGCUAUCCCACAUUGCUGCUUUUCCGAGGAGGUGAAAAAGUGGGUGAGCACAACGGAGGUAGAGACCUUGACUCGUUACAUGGCUUUGUUCUGCGCCAGGCAAAGGAUGAACUAUAGAAACCGCUGCUGAAGUCACCCGU